AUGAAUGUCCUUUCCUCCCUGUUGAAUAUUGCUGCCAAGAGAGGAAUUUUUAGAUUCCAUCCUAAGUGCAAGAGAGUCUCUCUCACUCACCUUUGCUUCGCGGAUGAUCUGUUAGUCUUUUGCCAUGGUUCCCUUGAGUCUGUGUUGGGAGUGCAUAGCACUUUAGAGGUUUUCUAUGAAUUGUCAGGAUUAAAGCUAAAUCCAUUGAAGACAGAAUUUUUUGACUGUGGCUUAAACAUAAACACCCUUGAUCUGAUCCAGCAAUCUACUGGAUUUAAGAUUGCGCAGCUCCCUGUCAGGUAUCUUGGAGUACCCCUUGUUACUCGUAAACUCACAGGGAAUGACUGCUCUGCUCUUUUGGAACGUAUUAAAGGUAAACUAGCUCACUGGUCUAGCAAAAAGCUCAGCUUUGGGAGCAGGCUGCAGUUGGUGAAAACUGUCAUGUUCAGUAUUUUUAAUUUCUGGAGCAGGCAGCUUGUUCUCCCCAAGGGGAUCAUAAAUGAUGUCGAGAGGCUCUGCAUGCGUUUUUUCUGGAAAGGUUGUGAUGCCCCUGCCAGAGGUGCUCGUGUUAGUUGGAGCCAGAAAAUUCUUGCUAAUGAUGGAUCACUCUGGAUUGCAUGGUUACAUGCAUACUUUCUUAAAGCUGUAAGCUUCUGGGAAGUUGAGUAUAAAGCCUACUUCAGUUGGAUUUUGAAAAAACUGCUGAAGCUUCGUGAGGAGGCUAUGAAUUUGUUUAUUCCUUGUGCUAAUUGGAACCUGAUCAAGGGUAAAUGGCUUUGGGACCAGAUUAGAGUCCGUGCAGAGAAAGUUAGUUGGCACAGGAUCAUUUGGUUUCCUGCUCAUAUUCCAAAAUUCUCCCUUAUUGCUUGGAUGGCCACCCUUGAUAGACUGCCUACGAGGGAUAGGCUGAUUCGAUUCAGUUUGGUCUUGGAUAAUGGAUGUGUACUGUGUGGGUCUGGGAUCGAGUCCCGUGACCAUCUCUUUACUGAUUGCUCCUUUGCUCAAGAAAUUUGGAAUGUUGUGUAG